UGUGGGUCCGGCCGUACCAUUAAGCAGCUGGGCGGGGGUGAGGGAGUUAGAGGGGCGUAGGACGCCAUUGGGCACCACGCUCCGAGGACAUGAAAAUGGCGGCCUUAGGGUCGCCGGCACGCACUUUACGAGGCCUUCUACGGGAGUUGCGCUACAUGAACGCGGCCACUGGCCGACCCUAUCGCGACACUGCAGCCUAUAGGUACCUCGUGAAGGCUUUCCGUGCGCAUCGGGUUACCAGUGAGAAGUUGUGCAGAGCCCAACAUGAGCUUCAUUUCCAAGCUGCCACCUAUCUCUGCCUCCUACGCAGCAUUCGAGAACAUGUGACCCUUCAUCAGGAAUUUCAUGGCAAGGGUGAGCGCUCAGUGGAGGAGUCUGCUGGCUUGGUGGGUCUCAAGUUGCCCCAGCAACCUGGAGGGAAGGGCUGGGAGCCAUGAGAAUGGAGAGAUUCCUUGGAUGCUGCCUUCAUACAAGAACUUAAUCAUUUCUAUGUAUUUAUCAUUAAAUUUGUUUCUAAGUUUA